AUGGGUCUCCAGGGAAUGCUCUGCUUCCCCCUGGGACUCCUACUUGGCUCUGUGCUUCUGGUGACUUCUGCCCCAGCCAUUCCUGAGCCCCAGGACUGCAGCAACAAGGAGCAACAGGUCACCGUCAGCCACACCUACAAGAUUGAUGUACCUAAGUCCGCCCUGGUCCAGGUGGAGGCUGAGCCUCAGUCCCUCAGUGAUGAUGGAACCUCACUCCUAUCUCCAGAGGAGGCUGGCGAGGAACAGAACAUCAUCUUUAGGCACAACAUCCGUCUUCAGACGCCGCAGAAGGACUGUGAAUUGGUAGGCAGUCUCCAGGAUCUACUGGCCCGAGUGAAGAAGCUGGAGGAAGAAAUGGUAGCCAUGAAGGAGCAGUGUAGUGUCCAGCGCUGCUGCCAAGGCACUGCUGAUUUGAGCCGUCACUGCAGCGGCCACGGCACCUUUUCCCCAGAGACCUGCCGCUGCCACUGUGAGCAGGGAUGGGAGGGUGCGGAGUGCGAGCGACCCACCUGCCCCGGGGCCUGCAGUGGCCACGGGCUCUGUGUGGACGGGCGCUGCCUUUGUGACGAGCCCUACAUGGAGCCCGACUGCGCCUACCGCCCCUGCCCGGAGAAUUGCAGCGGGAACGGCGUGUGCGUGCGUGGCGUCUGCCAGUGCCACGAGGACUUCACCUCUGAGGACUGCAGCGAGCAGCGAUGUCCGGGCGACUGCAGCGGCCACGGCUUCUGCGACACCGGGGAGUGUUAUUGCGAGGAAGGCUUCACUGGUCUGGACUGCUCCCAGGUGAUCUCCCCCCAGGGCCUGCAACUGCUCAGAAGCACAGAGGAGUCUCUGCUGGUGAGCUGGGAACCCUCCAGUGAUGUGGACCACUACAUCCUCAGCUAUUACCCCAUGGGGAAGGAACUUUCUGGGAAGGAGAUCCAAGUGCCCAAGGAGCAGAACAGCUAUGAGAUCCAUGGUUUGCUACCUGGAACCAAGUACAUAGUCACCCUGCGCAAUGUGAAGAAAGAGAUUUCCAGCAGCCCACAGCAUCUACUUGCCACUACUGACCUUGCUGUGGUUGGCACUGCUUGGGUGACAGAUGAGACGGAGCAUUCCCUGGAUGUGGAGUGGGAGAACCCCCCAACUGAGGUUGAUUAUUACAAGCUACGGUAUGGCCCCUUGACAGGGCAGGAGGUGGCUGAGGUCACCGUGCCCAAGAGUAGUGACCCCAAGAGCCGAUAUGACAUCACAGGUCUGGAUCCUGGGACCGAGUAUAAGAUCACUGUUGUUCCCAUGAGAGGGGACCUGGAGGGCAAACCGAUUCUCCUGAAUGGCAGGACAGAAAUUGAUGGUCCAACCAAUGUGGUCACGGAUCGAGUGACCGAAGACACAGCGGUAGUCUCCUGGGACCCUGUGCAGGCCGUCAUAGACAAGUACGUGGUACGCUACACCUCCAUCGACGGGGAGGCCAAGGAGACAGCGGUGGACAAGGACCAGAGCCGCGCAGUACUGACGGACCUGAAGCCGGGAGAGGUGUAUGAUGUUCACGUUUGGGCUGAGCGUGGCAACCAGGAGAGCAAGAAAGCCAAUACUAAUGCCCUCACAGACAUUGACAGCCCCAAAAACCUGGUGACUGACCGGGUGACAGAGAACACAGCUACCGUCUCCUGGGACCCAGUGCAGGCCGACAUUGACAAGUAUGUGAUGUGCUACACCUCUGCUGAUGGAGAGACCAAGGAAGUCCCAGUGGGGAAGGAUCAGAGCAGCACGGUCCUGACAGGCCUGAGACCAGGUGUGGAGUACACGGUGCACGUGUGGGCCCAGAAGGGAAACCGAGAGAGCAAGAAAGCUGACACCAAGGCCCCGACAGAAAUUGACAGCCCCAAAAACCUGGUGACUGACCGGGUGACAGAGAACACAGCCACCGUCUCCUGGGACCCAGUGCAGGCUGACAUUGACAAGUAUGUGGUACGCUACACUUCUGCUAAUGGAGAGACCAAGGAAGUCCCAGUGGGGAAGGAUCAGAGCAGCACCAUCCUGACAGGCCUGAGGCCGGGCGUGGAAUACAAGGUGUACGUGUGGGCCCAGAAGGGGAGCCGAAAGAGCAAGAAAACUGACACCAAGGCCCCAACAGACAUUGACAGCCCCCAAAACCUGGUGACUGACCGGGUGACAGAGAACACAGCCACCGUCUCCUGGGACCCAGUGCAAGCUGACAUUGACAAGUAUGUGGUGCGCUACACCUCUGCUAAUGGAGAAACCAAGGAAGUCCCAGUGGGGAAGGAUCAGAGCAGCACCGUCCUGACAGGCCUGAGGCCAGGCAUGGAAUAUAAGGUGUAUGUGUGGGCCCAGAAGGGGAGCCAGGAGAGCAAGAAGGCUGACACCAAAGCCCCAACAGACAUUGACAGCCCCCAAAACCUGGUGACUGACCGGGUGACAGAGGACACAGCCACCGUCUCCUGGGACCCAGUGCAGGCCGACAUUGACAAGUAUGUGGUGCGCUACACCUCUGCUGAUGGAGAGACCAAGGAAGUCCCAGUGGGGAAGGAUCAGAGCAGCACUGUCCUGACAGGCCUGAGGCCGGGUGUGGAGUACACAGUGUAUGUGUGGGCCCAGAAGGGGAGCCAGGAGAGCAAGAAGGCUAAUACCAAGGCCCCAACAGAUAUUGAUAGUCCUCAAAACCUGGUGACUGACCGGGUGACAGAGAACACGGCCACCGUCUCCUGGGACCCAGUGCAGGCCGACAUUGACAAGUAUGUGGUGCGCUACACCUCUGCCGAUGGAGAUACCAAAGAGGUCCCAGUAGGGAAGGAUCAGAGCAGCACCGUCCUGACAGGCCUGAGACCAGGUGUGGAGUACACGGUACACGUGUGGGCCCAGAAGGGAAGCCGAGAGAGCAAAAAAGCUGACACCAAAGCCCUAACAGAAAUUGACCCUCCCCAAAACUUUCGUCCAUCUGGUGUCACACAGUCUGGCGGGAUAUUGACCUGGACACCCCCUUCUGCUCAGAUUGAUGGCUACAUUCUGACCUACCAAUUCCCAGAUGGCACUGUGAAGGAGGUACAGCUUGGACAACGGGACCAGAGAUUUGAGUCUCAAGGUCUUCAGCAAGGUGUCACAUAUCCUGUUUCCUUAGUUGCCUUUAAGGGUGAUCGCCGGAGCAGGAGUGUAUCCACCACGCUAUCUACAGUUGGUGCCCGUUUUCCAUACCCUUCAGACUGCAGUCAGGUUCAGCAGAACAGCAACGUUGCCAGUGGUCUGUAUAACAUCUACCUGCAUGGUGAUGCCAGUCGACCCCUGCAGGUGUACUGUGACAUGGACACCGAUGGAGGCGGCUGGAUUGUUUUCCAAAGAAGGAAUACUGGGCAGCUGGAUUUCUUUAAACGCUGGCGGAGCUAUGUGGAAGGCUUUGGGGACCCCAUGAAGGAGUUCUGGCUUGGACUUGACAAGCUACACAAUCUCACCACUGGCUCUUCUUCCCGGUAUGAGGUGAGAGUGGAUCUACAGACCGCCAAUGAGUCUGCCUAUGCUGUAUAUGAUUCCUUCCAAGUGGCCUCCAGCAAGGAGCGGUAUAAGUUAACUGUUGGGCAAUACAGAGGCACAGCAGGAGAUGCUCUGACUUACCACAAUGGAUGGAAGUUUACAACUUUUGACAGAGACAAUGAUAUUGCCCUCAGCAACUGUGCUCUGACACAUCAUGGCGGCUGGUGGUACAAGAACUGCCACUUGGCCAACCCCAAUGGCAAAUAUGGAGAGACCAAGCAUAGUGAGGGGGUGAACUGGGAACCGUGGAAAGGACACGAAUUUUCCAUUCCUUAUGUGGAAUUGAAAAUCCGCCCUCAUGGCUAUAGCAGCGAGCCUGUCCUGGGCAGAAAGAAGCGGACGCUAGCAGGAAAGACAAGGACAUUCUGA